UGGCAUUGCAAAAAUUCGCGAGUUACCGACAGGGUAAAGGAGCAACAAAGGUUUUGUACCGCCGACAAGUUGGCCGUGAACGAGACUUUGGCAACAAGGACGGACCUAACACCGCUGCAACAGGCCCUCGUCGCUCGACGGCGCCCUGACUUUAUCGAAUGCUCGACUCAAUGCCCAACUGCCGGAAUCGUCGUUAUUGCCCUGGUUCGGAAGCGGGCGCGGUGCCUUGCGGGCUCGUUUGACUUGGCGGACUGGGCGUUGGUCUCGACGAAGGUAAUAAAUACGAAGGUGAUAGAUACAUGCGCUGGCCUGACACGACCUGACCUUAACCUGGCUAAUGCAACCUUCGAGACCGGGCGGGAGCAAGACGAGGAUCUGGUCGUCGGCAUGAUCGCGCGGCAGAUGCGCAAGGAGCUCUUCUUCGUUCUGUUUUUGCGACGGAUGUCCCUGCGCCUGGACCUGUCCUGGUGCCUGUGUCAGACGCGCAUUGGUCUCGCAAGUCAAGCAUACGCACUAGCUUCUGGCACGCUUCUGCGCAAUACACCGAUCCCAGCUGCAAAUGACGCUUGCGAUGCACCGCUCCGUGAUGCUGCGCGACGACGCGGCGAUGCAUUUACGUCGCAUACGGUAAUACACGAGAUGUUCUCGCUCCCGAGCUUCGGUUUGUUGUUCGCGUCAUACGCCUUCCUGUGCCUGUUGUAACCCAUUCUGGAUGGGGCAAAGUGAGAUGCGAGACUCGGUGCGGCCAGUCUUCCUGAGGCGCAGUCGAAUGGGAGGUGAAAGCGGAGGUGUCCCUGUCGCGCACUUGCGCUACGUCUUCAGCUGCUCUACCGACGGCCAGCGCGGCCUCGAAAAGUCCAUCUGUACGGCCUUGCUCGUCGUCCUGGCCGAGGAGCACAGGGGAUUGCGCGCGCGCGAAGGGUCUUGAGAUUCGGUGUAGAAGGGCAUGCUCGGAAGUUGCAUGAAAGUCCAGAAUACACACGGGUGUGGGUGGUCUUCGUGAGUUGCUCGCAUCGCUGCGUCCUCGAGCACCAGGGUGCGGAACGUCGUGACACGCAGCAAGGCCUCACAUCUGGAUAUCCUGCGACGGCUCUCAGACAAUAGUUGGCAAAGAGUGAGUAUGCGUGCGCACCCGUGUCCCAGUCUCAUGGUGUACUUCCAGCCAACAACCUUUCCGCCUAGCUCGCGCCCCGAAGUGAAUUAUGACGAGUUUGUCCGACUGCCGGAACACGGCGAUAAGCUCUGAAGAUCUGAAGUCAAAGG